AUGUCUGACUGUACACUCACGCCACAGGCACGUGCUUUCAGCUCGAUCUUAUCAGCAUUCGUAGGCUCUGUAGUCAACGGACUGACUUCUGGGUGGCUCGUUGCUUUCAUGACAGGUUGGAUAUCAUGGCUUGCAUUCUUCCGCGUCGUAAUAAGCGGAUCAUACAUGUUGUACCGCAGUGCAACCAAAACAUGGACACCAGAACUCGGCAGCGAAGAGUACGAAAUGCUCAACAGAGCUUCGCCCCCUGAUCCAGAAUCUGCUCCUCAGCCAUACACCAACACUCGUAAAACCAGCUCUCAAGAGUCACAAACAAUGUUACUGUCUCAAGACCAGCCACAGACCCCUCCCCCUAUUCUAAGCGAGCUAGCAGCUACAUCCAGCGACGCAGAAGACGCAUAUCACCGCCACGUCUACACAUCCGUCUUCGGCCUCGACGGCUCAUCAUCCAUCCAACCCCCCAAAGAAUCCCCGUUCGGCACCUUCUGGCCCACUCAAUCCGACCUCGCCGCCCGCUGGUCCAAUAUCGAACUAGCACAGCAAAAGCGCUCAAUACUCCGCGCCUUCUAUGCCUCAGACAAAGACCUCGCCCGAGGCAUAAGCGAGUUCUCCCGCUUAGCCAAAGAAGGCAAAUUGCCCGGCCCAGCACCAUAUUUAGUCUUCUGGAAGCCUUUUGAUAGGAACGUCACGGUUCUAGGGUGGAUAGGUUGGAUUUACGGAGCUGUGUAUGCACCUAUUUCCCAGAUUUUCUGGAUUGCAGCAAAUGCCUCUGCGAAGGAGAGUGCAGGCGUAACGAAAGCUGUGAAAGGGCUGUCGGUGGCGAUUACGGCGUUGCCGUUAGGUAUUGAUACCCGUGUGAGGUUUGCGGAGUCCUUGAGGAGGAAGCGCUGGGGUGGAGAGUGGGCGUAUAAUGCGUUCAACUUGACUAAUGCGUUGAGCUGUCUGCUUCAAGGAGUCUUCUGUGGAAUGCUAUUGAUCUUGGGUGUGAUUGAUAUCCAGCGACCAACUGGCGAUGAAAAUUUUUAUCCUAGUUUCCCCUUGCCUCUUGUGGGGAUCUAUCCCCUCUUUUCGUUGAUUUGGGCGUUUGUCAGUUUCAAGAUUUUGCCGAUGGUGGAUGGAGGUCGGAAGCCGGCGGAUCAGAAAUGGUAUGGGCAUAUUCUUGAUGUGGCGAUGGGGGCAUUUGCUGGAUUGUUUCUUGCGGCUCCGUCUUUUGGGCUCUAUAUGUCUGGUGUUAGUCCUGGGGAAGAUGGAUCUGGUGGUUCGGACUUGGCAGAGUUUUUGAGGUGCGAGGUGAGCUGGUGGAAGAAGGCUUCGGCGAUUUUCCCAUAG